CGAUCAUCUACUGGAUGAACAUGCCCUCGUGUAAGUGGAGAUACACCAGCCCGUCCGCCACCCAAAUCUACCUAUGGAUAAAUCUCGAUGGUAGCGACGACCCAUUACAGAGGGACCUGGGCGAUCUGCAUCGAUCUUGACUCGCGAUCUUCGUGUGUUUCCCUCGAGCACGAAAGGGGGAUUGUUGUGGGGCGGCGCUGCCAGGCGAUAAAAGGCUCAGAGGAUCCCAGAGAAUGCGAGUGAGUCCUCGUCACUCAAGCGCAGAACUCGCAGAAUAGUCACUAUGAAGCUCUCGGACCUUCUUCCUCUGGCGGCAACUGUCGGUGCCUCCUGCAUUCGUGGUACUUCCCUUCUCCCCCGCGCGGCCGAUGGACUGGUGGCCAUCAACUCCUACAACUACACCAACCUGGGGGGGCCCUUGACCUGGUAUGGUUUGAACAACGAGACCAACGCCGCCUGUUCCCAGGGCAAGCACCAAUCUCCCAUCGACAUCGUCACCGCGGAGAUUGACUAUGUCCCCACUGGUAGCCUCAGGUUCAACAUCCCAGCCACUACAGCCGCCAAGUUUGAGAACCUGGGAUCCGGUCUGGAGGUCGUGUUGACCAACGGCACUCUCUCUGUGGGAAAUUCUACCCAAUACAAGCUGGCUCAGUUCCACUUCCACACCCCGAGCGAGCACCGCAUCAAUGAGGAGUACUUCCCCUUGGAGAGCCACUUCGUCUUCGAGGACUCCGAGAGCAACAUCGCCGUUGUCGGGUUCGUCUUCCAGCUCUCCGAGACAGGUGUUUCCUUCCCCCUCUUCGACGCCGUCUUCGCCCACAUCGAUGACAUCGCCACCCCGGGCACCUUUACAGAAACCGGCCCUCUGGACUUCGCUGGGCUGACUGCGCACCUCGACAGCCACGGGAUCUACCAAUAUGACGGCUCUCUCACCACCCCCCCUUGCAGCGAGGGAGUGGCCUGGUACCUCAGUACUGAGCCCCUUCCCCUCAACGUUCAGAGCUACAACAAGGUCAAGCAGAUCCUGAAGUUCAAUGCCCGUUACACGCAGAAUGCUCUGGGGGCGGAUAACCUGCUGGAGGUGGCUGCACAUGAACUCUAUUAG